AUGGACCACGUUAGAGGAGAAUCAACACCAGUCAUACCAACACUUAUUGCAUUGAUCUAUGCGAUUUAUGUGGACCCCAAGUCACCCUCUGAAUCUGAAUAUCUAGCAUUGGUUGAGGGAGAUUUGGGAGCAGAGAUAUGGAAACCUAAAACCACUCUAAUUAACUGGUUGAAGGAGCCAACCAAGCCCGAUUGGUAUUAG